GCAAGCAUGGCCCUCGGGCCUUCCUCCCCAGCCUGGGGAUGGAAGGUCAGGCUGGAUGAGCUGCAGGCAGUGCUGGCUUUUGGGGAAGGUAAGGCGGAUACCAGGGGCCUGUCUUGGACUGAGCAUCAGGCCCUCUCCCGGCAAAUACGAAACCAGGUCUCCCUGUUGGAGGAACUGGCGGGGGGGAUGUCUAGGAAGCUUACAGCAUGGAAAAGGGAAGUGGGGGUCCCCCAGGGAGCUACAGCCCACACCAGGGCCGAUAUCCAGCUGCUCUCUGGGCUGCUGGCUGAGUGCCGUGAACUUGCCAGCAGUGGCCUCCACUUCCUAGAACAGCCCCCCCCGUCCCUGGAGGUGGGAGAGGGUACCGAGGAGGAGGUAGUCCCUGAGACCCCCCCUGAGGUGGCUAGUGCCAGCAAGACCCCUCAGGCCUCCCUCACCUAUGCUGAGGCUGCAAAGGGUGAGGGGGUUGAGGCUAGGGUCUUUAUGGGGCUACCUUCUGACAGGCUCCGGGGUCUGCUUGUGUCCCUGAAGGCCCAGCAUGCCGAGGCAGACUCUGGCCUAGCUGGGGUCCAGGCAGAGCUAAGGGAGCAGAGGGAAAAAUCAAACAGGACCUCUAAUUACAAAAGAGGUCCUUUGAGGGCCGCUAUAGCUGAGAAAAAAUUAGUGGAGCAGCAUCUAUCCUACACCCUGCUCCAGACUGAAAAGAAAAUAGCAGACAUCCAGGCCAUCCUGCAACAGAGAGCCAAGGACGCUGCGAGGUCCAGGAGGCAGAGGGCUAUGGAGGGCAGGAGGGACAUGUCCCCAGGUGAGGAGUCCAGCAAGGACUUGGAUUCCAACUCCCAUCACUCACCUGGGGAGCCGUCUACCUCUGCCCUUGCUACUCCAGGGGGCGCUGCUGAGACGGAGGGGAAGGCCAGAGAGAAGGACAGUGAAGAGGAGUGGGACGGAGAGAAAGGUGAAGAGUGGCAGCUGAAAGUGCAGGACAGAGGUCGAGGGCUGAUUAAGGAGUCUCUCCUCAAGUUUGGAAACGAACUUGGGGAGGACUCCGUAAAGGACAAAAAGAAGAAAAAGAAGAAAAAGAAAAACAUCGCCCGGCGUCAGCCUGAGACCUCUGUCAGGGGGUCUGGAGAUUCCACAGAGGAGGGUGAGUGCUCAAAUGCUGAGUAUAUGUACAAUGAUGAUGUUCAGGCCUUGCAGAAGCCUGGGGCCAGGGAUACUAACCCUGCAGGUGGCAACACCUGUAUGCCCCAGAAACCUGCACAACCUGCUUCUGUGGAAGUAUCUGGGCCCCCCGCCGCCCUCCAUGGUGACAGGGAGACCAUCCCCGCCGGUACUAUGGCGUGUACCGGUGAUCCCAUGGAGGGGUCCUUCCCUUGCUCCCUUCCCACUCCCUCCCUUACCUGCCUUCCCUCUGACCUUCCUCUCCGUGUGGUUGCGUCCCCUGGAGUGGCUGGUACCUCUGCCUCCUGUCCUCAGGCGGCUGCUGGGCAGGAUGGCACUGGAUGGAGCAGUCUGGAGCAGGGUGAUGGCCCUCCUUUUCCCUCUGCUCCCUUGGAGCAAGCUCGACUGCUCUCCCCUACCAGCAAGUCUCCUCCCCUGUUUGUCCCCCAGUCUGUUUCCCUGGAUGUGUCCAAGUUUGUCUUCCAGUCUGUUCCCCCUGCUUCCCUAUGUAUUCCCCUUAUGUCUGAAUGUGUAACCAGUCCCCCUGUUGUUCCUGUUGUUCCUGUUGUUCCUGGUGCCGCGGGCGCUAUGGAAGACAGGACUGCAGGGGACUCCCAUCAUCCUCAGCCAGCAGUCCAUACUGAGGAAACCGCCAGUGGAGGUAAGAAAAGUAUGACUAACAUUGUGUUUGACUCCACUGGUGGUUUAGGGAUGGCUGAGGAGGAUGGGAGUAUGGAUGUAAAUGUAAUGAUGGGACCUAUUGGCCUUAGUAAAAAGGUCCACAGCCAGCCUGUUUGUAUUAAUGAUGUUGCCCCUGCCCCUGGUGUUGUUGCCCCUGCCCCUGGUGUUGUUGCCCCUGCCCCUGGUGUUGUUGCCCCUGCCCCUGGCGUUGUUACCCCUGCCCCUGGUGUUGUUGCCCCUGCCCCCGGUACUAUUGCCCCUGGUGUUGUUGCCCCUGCCCCUGGUGUUGUUGCCCCUGCCUCUGGUUAUGUUGCCCCCGCCCCCGGUACCCCCGCCCCCGGUACUAUUGCCCCUGCCCCUGGUACUGUUUCCCCUGCCCCUGGUUAUGUUGCCCCGCCUCAGGUUAUGUUGCCCCUGCCCCUGGUUCACUGGAGUUAGUUGGUACACAAGUGGCGGGCACGAGCACGGGCACAGGCACCCUGACAAAGGGUGCCGCGGUUAUAAAUAGUUUAGACGCACAAGCAGGUACACGGGUUCCCCUUAGGCACUCCCAGGUUGUCACCCAGGGUUCUGGUGUGACCGAGGCCUCUGGUUCAGCGAGGGGAGUCCGUCCGAAUCAUUCCCAGACGGCGGGUCCCAGUGCGCCCAAUGCUUGGGCAUCUGGGCCACCUCGCCUCUCUGCGGACGGGCCUGCUACGCGUCCUCAGGUUUCCUUUGGGAACAGGAGGAACGUGGUACGGCUCAUCUGUGGGGGUGAGACCCAGGUGCCUGACAGACGGUGGCUGGUGACCCGGCUAAAGGAUAUGGGAUUUGCGCCCGUGGACCUGUACGCGCUCAUCCAUGCCUCGGGCACCCGGGAGUUCGACGUCUCCUUUAUGACGUCGCAGCUCCUGGAUCGCUUCUGGGCUGGGUGGGAAGCGGCCAGGUCUGCACAGGGUACAAAGUGGGCAGGAUUCACCGCUGUGGCCAUUUCUCGCCAGGGUCUUAAGAAGGUCACUUUCCUGGUGAGAAAUGAAUCCAUCCCCAUAGCAGACAUCCUUGUUUGGACUAAGAGGUUUGGGGAUGUUAAAUCCCCCCCUGUUAAGAUCUUAGAUGAGGAUGGGAUUUGGACAGGCGGAUGGACUGUUUCAGUGUUGCUGCGGGAGAUUCGAGGUGUCACACAGCAUAUGCCUAAUAGUUUUUUCAUCGGGGCUGACCGGGUAUCCUGUUUUUACCCUGGUCAGCCCAGGGUAUGUCACAAGUGCGGAUCGUACAGGCAUUACAGCAAUGCCUGUACGGUCCUCAAAUGCACUAUGUGCGGCGCUGUGGGGCACCUCCGGGACAGCUGCAGGGAGAUCCGGUGUCAUCUGUGUUCAGAGAUGGGUCACACGUACCGCACCUGCCCCGAAGCCCAGCACAAUGUAGAGUCCAUCUGGAGUCAGGAGCCGGUGGAGAUGGACUCUGCUGGGUUAGGGGUUCAGGUAGCAUCGUCAUCUACAAGGCCCAUCUCUGGCACAAGGGUUUCCCUGCCCCAGCAACAACCCAUCCUCCCCUCGGUCUCUGUAACAUCUCAGGACCCUGGGAAGGCCACAAGUUCACGUCCCCUCACGAAAAGUGUACGUAGAGAACGCACUACCUCCACAGCCAUUAUGGCUCCCCCUAGACCCCCUCCCCCUAGGCCCCCCCCUCCUAAAUUCUCCACGGUGAAGGUUACCCCCACUGAAAAGUCCCCAGAUGCACGUCCCUUAGAUGCACAGUCCCUAGAGUGGAGCACGGUGAAAGGUAAGAAACCCCCCCCCUCCAAGACCUCGACGCUGCCCUCACCCCAGAAGAUCGCCAUACCCCCUGCGGCGAAACCCCCGAAAGGGGGAGACGCCACUUAUAAGGGUGGUGUGGCACGGGCGUCAUCCUCCUCUUCGGGCUUGCAGGAGGCCCCGGUGCCCGUAUCUAACAGGUACGAGGCACUGUCCUCCAGCUGGGCCAACUGUGAGUACGAGGAGGAGAUGGCGAACCUCCCCGAGGUGGUGGCAGGGGUUGAAGUGGGACAGGAGGUGCUUCUGAGAGACGACGGGCCGCUGUAUCCCGGAGUCUCAGUGAAGAGGUUCCUUGGUUCCGACACGGAGGAGGAGGGGUACCGCAGAAGGAAGGGAAAGUCUCCUUAUACUUAA